AUUCAGACAAUUCACAAAUUAUUUUGUUUAGUUUAAAGGCCGGAAUGAGAAUAUUUAUUGUCUUAAAAAUAACUGAUUCUUGUAAUGUGUUUAUAUUUUGUACAUAUUUCAUAAUGAACAGGUGCCUCUCAAUCAUCAUCAUGCUCGGGUACAUCUGAUGACACCAUCAUCCUGAAUUUAAUGAUGUGUGACCCUGUUGAAGAAGUAGCCGCUGACGAAGGAAGCCAGCCUAAAAGGCCAUGCCACAUAAACUACGAGGCAAAAGCGUUGAUUGAAAAAAUCCUAACAUCAAAACCUGGUGGUGAACGCAUUAUGCAAGAGUAUGGAAAAACCAAAUCUCUGACGGAUGCCACCAGAAGACAGAUGAUUAACAUACUUGCUGCUGAGAUGACAGAAACACAUGGGACAUCCCCCCCCCAAAAGUGUUAGAGUGAUGUAUGCACAGGGGAUAGUAGCCUUGUUUCCCUAUCUAGAAGACCCAUACUCACAACAUGGAUAUGAACAUUACUACGAUCCGGAGAGUGGUUCGGGUUACCUUGCAUGGCGAUUGAAGACCAUACAGAGAAAAUCAGCAGAGGAAAGAGGUGCCUCAGUCAGCAAAUCUCCUAAAGUUGGUGGGCCAGGCCGUGGUCGUCAGCCCUUGGCCAAUGACAGAGAGCUGUCUGAUGAGGAUGUGGAAGCAGCUAUUGCUGUUUUAAAACACUCUUCUGAUGAAAAGACUGUCCGUGAGAAGAUGAAAAUGACCUUCAUAUAUCGGCAAGCAAUGGUCAACGAUGAAGCCAAAUCAUCAGAUGUCUUCUUGGUCUUCCCAAGAUUUCUGGACACACCAGGACUGAUAGAACAAGAUUUCAGACUUCUGUUUGGUGAGGCCACGGCCAACAAAUUUUUGGAGAAGUGGCCAACCACUUUCAAAGCAAAAGUAAUAAAGGAAAUCCAUGGACUUGUACCCACCACAGAACUCUUGGAUUUGAUGCGCAAUGCUGAGUCAGCUGCUGAAGUUGAGAAUGGCUGGGACAGUGACAUGUCUGCCAUCUUGCUGCUGCUACAUUUGCUACCACCAUCUGCACAAGGUAGAAAGAGGCCGGGAAAGCUGUCUGCAUAUCAAGCUGUAGAUCAGCUCAUCAGAUUUCAAAAGGUUGGAACCAGUGUGCAGCAGCAUCUAGACAACAUCACCCAAAGCAGUCAGCCCUAUCUUCUCGCCCAGGGAUCCACACAAAGCACCAUUCACUCCUUCUUUAUUGUGGUUGACAAGCAUGCACUUCCAUGCAAGGCAAAAGGUUCAGUUGGAGCUUUUGACGAACUCUUUAAAGCCCAUUACGUCUUUGGUACGUCAUACAGUUCUUCCCUGAGCAGCUUUUUCACUUUUGUUCAAACAACCAUUGACAUGGGGGAAACAAAGGAGACCCCUAGAGUUGCGGAGUUGCGAGCAAGAAUGGUGCGUUAGUUGAGAUAAAACUAUGAAGUGUUUUCUUUGCAAAAGUGACCAUGGAGGUCCAAACAACCUUGUUAAGCACUUUAAGGUAAUUCAUGGACUAUGUACAGGCAGGACUCUUUUUUUGAAGUGUGGUCAAGAAGGAUGCGUUCUUUUGGUAGUUUUUCUGGUUUAAGAAAGCAUCUUAAUAAGUGCCAUGGAAGCAGUUUAGUUGAUUCUAUGCCCGUGUUUUAUCAGAUUGAGUCAGUUCUGAUAAUGUUUGAAAAACUGUUGCUACUCACAGUGCCUUUAGUUACAGUAACUUUUCAAGAACAUUUCCAUGCUUAUGAGGAGAUCAGAUCAAAGCAGGAUUAUUAUUUUUUUUUUCAUGUCGACAACCUGCAUUACCCUAGGCCUUUUGACAUACAAAUGUCAUAUGGAGGGAAUGACACAACUAUCCUCAUCGUGCCAUAUUGCUUUCUCUGGUAAACAUUAUGAUGACGAUAUGUUUCUGUCAGAGACAAGGCAAUGGGUUUGCAAUGUAAUUUCACUGACAUUGAAAUUUUCUUUGUUUUUUUCUUUGCUUUCUUUGUUUGUUACAAUAAAUGGUGAGUGCUGUGAUCUAA